AUGAAUAAUAAAUUCAUCAUACUCUCAUUGUUGCUUGCUUUAGUAGCAAGUCAAACAUACAGUUUAACAUCAUGCACAUGUGCAUAAUUGUUAUCUGAAGGAGAUUGCAUCAAAAAUGUUUCACUUGGAUGUUCAUGGGAUACAACAAAAAAAACUUGUGGAGUUUCAACAACUCCUGUCACUCCAACAGUGACUUAUGCAGCAUAUUGUGAUACAUUUGCUGAAACAGAUUGCCCAAAAGCUAAACCAUGUACUGAUUGUGGUAACUACGCCGCUUGUGCUUGGGUUGAAAGCAAAUGUACAUUCUUCACAGGAUGUACACCUUUUGCUAAAACACUUGAUUCUGAAUGUUAAGCAAUCAGUAAUAGAUGUAUUACCGAUGGAACUCAUUGUGUUGAAAUUGAUGCUUGUAGUACUUACAAAAAGUAACUUCCAUGUGUCAAAAAUGCUGCCGGAAGCUUAUGCUAUUGGGAUACAACAAAUAACACUUGUGUUGAUGCCAACACUUGUGAUAAAUUACCAGCAACAUUCGCAACAGACAAAGAUUGCAGAGAUGUGAUUUCAACUUGUACAACAAAAACCGGAGGUGGAUGUGUUGAUAGUGGAAAUAACUGCAGUGAUUAAACAUUAGAAAUUCAAUGUGUUUGGAAUAAAUUAAAAACAACUGCUUGCUAUUGGGAUGGAGCUGCAUGCAAAGAUAGAAUUUGUGAUAAUGCACCAACCAGUUUGACAACUGAUGAUGCUUGUAAGACAUUUAGAACUGAUGGAACAUGCACAACAAAAGCAAAUGGAGGUUGUGUAACUAGAACUACAUGUGCUGCUGCAACAAUUUAAGCAUCAUGUAUCAAAAAUAGUUCAGGUGGUGAUUGUUAUUGGACAGGAACUGCCUGUGUCGAUAAGACAUGUGCAAAUGCUCCAACUACCAUGACAACUAAUUCAGCAUGCGCAGGAUUUGUUACAGGAUGUAUCACUAAAUCUGGUGGUGGUUGUGUUGCUAAUGGAGCUUGUUCUGUUGCUAAUGUUCAAGCAGCUUGCGUUAAAAAUUCAAGCAAUUUUGAUUGCAUUUGGGAUACAACUUGUAAAGAAAAAACAUGUGCCAAUGCCCCUACAACUAAUAACACUCAUGAUUUAUGUACUUCUUAUUUAUCUACUUGUACUGUUAAGUCAGGUGGAGGAUGUUAAAAUAGAACAUGUGCCAAUGCUCCAACAACUAUGACUACCAAUGAUGCAUGUGAAGCUUAUCUCACUGGAAAUAAUUGCAUAACAAAAUCAGGAGGUGGAUGUGUAACAAAUACAACAUGUGCUGCAAUAACUUUAGAAGCUGCUUGUGUUAAGAAUUCUUCUGCAUCAACUUGUUUUUGGGAUACUGCAAGUUCAAGCUGUAAAGAUAAAACAUGUGUGAAUGCUCCAGCAACUAACACUACUCAUGAUCUCUGUUAAGCCUUCUUAAAUACUUGUACAGUAAAUUCAACAAGUGCAGGAUGUGUUGAAAAAACAUGUGAAAAUUCGUUGGUUUUGGCUAUUUGUGAUAAAGAUACAAGCAAUAGAGCAUGUAUUUGGAAAGGAAAAUGCUAUAAGAAAUAAUGUGUGUUAGCUUCAUCUGCCACAACUACUCAUGCUGACUGUUAAACUUAUCACUCUACAUGUACCUUGAGCAAUUCAGGCACUGGAUGUGUUCCACUCCCCCUUAAAUGCGAAGCUAUCACUAUUGAAGCUGCUUGCAAUUUGAAAGCUAAUGGUUAACCAUGUGGAUGGAAUGGAUCUUAAUGUAUUGAUAAAGCUUGCUCAACUGCCUCUAAGACAUUCACUACAACUUCAUAAUGCACAGGGCACAUAUCAACUUGUGUUGCAAAUAAUCCUGUAACUGUUAAUGGUUCUUUGACAAUUUAAGGAUGUUAAGAUUUACCAACAACAUGCGCAGCUAGAAAAUCAUCAGAAAAUUGUGAAAUCACAAGAGUUGGAUUCCCAACAUGUUUAUGGGUCUCAUCUUCUACUUCAUGCGUUGAAAAAUCAUGCGCUACUGCUAGUACAGUGGGAACAACAGGUGCACUCUCUGCAGGAGGAUUUACUUUUUCUGGUUGUUAAACUUAUCUAAAUACUUGUAUUUCAAAUAAUACUGCUGAUGGAUGCAUAGCUAAGCCAUCUAGUUGUUCAUCAUUAGUUUCAAGUAAUUGUUAAAAUGGAUCUAAAGCAAGUGGAGAUUGUUAUUGGAAUGGCAGUAGUUGUGUUGAUAGAACUUGUGCAAACAUUAUCCAAACAACUCAUAACAGUUGUAAUACUACAUUCAAUUAAUGCACAGUGAAUAAUGGAGGAACAGCAUGUUAAACAUUGGCAACUGCCUGCACAUCUUAUUCAACAUAAGAAAAUUGUAAAUUUACAUCAACAAAUAAGAAUUGUGUUUGGACUGGAUUAGCUUGUAGAAAUGCCACUUGUGCUGAUGCUCCCGAUACUACAUCAUAUGAUAGUGAUACAGAAUGCUUAGCUUACCCAACACCAAGCGAAACCUGUACAGUUGUUUACAAAGUUGGAGCUUAAGGAUGUGUAUCAAAAUCAGCAAAUUGUUCAGAUUACAUGACAUCAGCUUAAUGCCAUAAAACUCUCACAAAUCUAACAGCCAAUGAUGAUUGUAAGUGGAUUGUUGAUAGAUGUUAUGCAUUGUCCUCUUUUGCUACAGGAGCUUGCACAACAUUCAAAGGUACUAAAACAAUGUGUGAAGGAUAUAGAGCAGGAUGUACAAACAUCGUAGGUGCAGCAUCUUCAGCAUCUUGUACUUUAGAUUGUACUUUGAAAACAGGAUCAGGUUUGACAUUUGCAGAUUGUUAAGCAUUAGAUUCUACAUGUUCAGUCAAAAAAGAUGGCACUGGUUGUAUUGCUAUCUAAUCUACUUGUGCUGGAUAUGGAUCAACAGCAGCUAAUUGUUUCAGGUCAAGUGCAAGUGGAAAUGCAGGAUACUGCACAAUGAACACAAAUUGCCAAUCAGUGACUUCAGCUUCUGAAUGUGCAUUAGUGACUGGAUUAACAGGUUUGGAUCAUUCUAAAUGUUAGCUAUAUCACUCUUCCUGUACAUCCUUAAAAGAUGGUACUGGAUGUUAGGAGUAUAAGACAACUUGUUCAGGUUACGCAGCCACAAACAAUUGUGCAACUUCUGGAUAAGGAAAAUGCUUCUUUGAUGUUGAAUGUUUACGUUUUACUAAUUGUGCUUCCAUUACUGGAACAGGAUUAACCAAUAUUAAUUGCGCAACUUAUGAUGCAGGUUGUGUGGCAAAUGUAAACGGAACAGCUUGCUAAGAAAAAUUAGCAACAUGUGAUUUGUAUUUAACUCAAAACUCUUGUUCAACCUCAGCAGCUGGAGCAACAGCAGAUAAAUGCGCAUGGAGUGGAACCGCUUGCCUUGCAGUUACAACAGUUGCUACCCAUUGUGCAUAUGUUACUGGAACUGGACUGACAAAUGCAAUAUGUGCCACAUAUAAUGUAGGUUGUACAGCUAAUAGAACUGGAACAGCAUGUCAGGAGAAAAAAGCUACUUGCGAUUUAUACUUAACAGAAGCCACCUGUUCAACAUCAGCAGCUGCAGCAACAGCAGAUAAGUGUGCAUGGAAUACUGCAGGAUCAGCUUGCCUUGCAGUUACAACAGUUGCUACCCAUUGUGCAUAUGUUACUGGAACUGGACUGACAAAUGCAAUAUGUGCCACAUAUAAUGCAGGUUGUACAGCUAAUAGAACUGGAACAGCAUGUCAGGAGAAAAAAGCUACUUGCGAUUUAUACUUAACAGAAGCCACCUGUUCAACAUCAGCAGCUGCAGCAACAGCAGAUAAGUGUGCAUGGAAUACUGCAGGAUCAGCUUGCCUUGCAGUUACAACAGUUGCUACCCAUUGUGCAUAUGUUACUGGAACUGGACUGACAAAUGCAAUAUGUGCCACAUAUAAUGCAGGUUGUACAGCUAAUAGAACUGGAACAGCAUGUCAGGAGAAAAAAGCUACUUGCGAUUUAUACUUAACAGAAGCCACCUGUUCAACAUCAGCAGCUGCAGCAACAGCAGAUAAGUGUGCAUGGAAUACUGCAGGAUCAGCUUGCCUUGCAGUUACAACAGUUGCUACCCAUUGUGCAUAUGUUACUGGAACUGGACUGACAAAUGCAAUAUGUGCCACAUAUAAUGCAGGUUGUACAGCUAAUAGAACUGGAACAGCAUGUCAGGAGAAAAAAGCUACUUGCGAUUUAUACUUAACAGAAGCCACCUGUUCAACAUCAGCAGCUGCAGCAACAGCAGAUAAAUGUGCAUGGAAUACUGCAGGAUCAGCUUGCCUUGCAGUUACAACUGUUGCUUCAGAAUGUGCAUAUGUUACUGGAACUGGACUGACAAAUGCAAUAUGUGCCACAUAUAAUGCAGGUUGUACAGUGAAUAGAGCUGGAACAGCAUGCUAAGAAAAACUAGCCACAUGCGCUACAUAUGCUGCAAAUUAAGCAGCCUGUUCAAUAUCAUAAGCUGCAUCAACUGCUGCUAAUUGUGCAUGGAGUGGAACAGCUUGUGUUGCUGUUACAACUGUUGCUUCAGAAUGUGCAUAUGUUACUGGAACUGGACUUACUGAUGCAAUAUGUGCCACAUAUAAUGCAGGUUGUACAGUGAAUAGAGCUGGAACAGCAUGCUAAGAAAAACUAGCCACAUGCGCUACAUAUGCUGCAAAUUAAGCAGCCUGUUCAAUAUCAUAAGCUGCAUCAACUGCUGCUAAUUGUGCAUGGAGUGGAACAGCUUGUGUUGCUGUUACAACUGUUGCUACAGAUUGUGCUUUUGUUACUGGAACUGGACUUACAAGUGCUAUAUGUGCCACAUAUAAUGCAGGUUGUAUCAAUUUAAAGGAUGGUACUGGUUGUUAAGAGGCCAAAGCCAAUUGCAAAGAUUACACAACAUCAAAUAAAUGUUCUGCACAGACAACUAGUACUCUUUCAUGUCUUUGGAUUGAUAAUUCUUGUUAUCCAAUUACUGAUUUAAAUUGUAGUGCUAUUACAGGAUCUGGACUUGAUCAUGCUUAAUGCUAAGCCUACAGCACAGGUUGUACAUCUGUUUCUGAUGGAAGCAAAUGUUAAGACUUUAAAUCAACUUGCGAAUAAUAUCCAGGUACAACUCUAGGUUGCACAAAAACUGCUACCUCAAAAUGUUAUUUAUAAGGUUCUGCUUGCAUUACAAUAUCAAAUGUUGCAACUGAUUGCGCUAAAAUAACUGGAUCUGCUGGAGCCAUAACAUACGAAAUUUGUUAAUCGUAUAAUGUAGGUUGUAGUGCAAAUAGAGCAAGAAGUGCUUGUGUCUAAUAAUAAGCAUAAUGUUCAGGAUAUACUAGUGCAAUGACAAGUUGUUAUAAAUCAGGAGCUGGUCUAUGUAUUGCAAGUACAAAUACAGAUACUGCUUGUGUAGCUGCAACAGCUGCAACAACUUGCGAUGCUGUGUAUUUAGGAGCAGGAAAUUACAGCAGUGCCAAUUGUAAUGAAAUGAAGACUGGAUGUACAAAUAAUUUAACAACUGCAUGUGUAGCAAAAACUUGUGCAAAUGCUGUGGUUACAUUUAAUCAUACAAAUUGUAAUAGUUAUCUCAACACCUGUACUGUAAAUUCUGGAAACAGUGCAUGCUAAACUAUGGCAUCUAAAUGUUCAGAUCAAACUUAAGCUUCUUGCCUUUACUCAGUUGAAGGAGAAUGUGUAGUAGUAGGUACAUCAUGCGUACGAAAGACUUGUGAUACUGCAGCAACUGAUGCUACUCGGGAUGAUGACACUGAAUGCUCAACUUAUUAGCAAUCUUGUACUGUUGCUAGAUUAGGAGCUUGCCAAGUCAGAGCAGCUUGUGCUUCUUACAAAUCUUCACUCUAAUGUAAAUUUAAUACUAGUGGUGGAAAAUGUUUUUGGAAUCCAACUAAUAAGACAUGUGUUGAUUUGAAUUGCGGCAACAUAGAAGCCUCAAGUUUAUACGAUACUCAUAAUGAAUGUGUUGUUGUUGAUGCAACACUUGCUUGCACAGUCAGAGCUACAAAUGGUGCUGCCGUUUAAGGAUGUAUGGCUAGAGGAGCAUGCAGUUCAUAUACAAUUGAAGAACAAUGUAAAACAAACGCAAGUAAUGGUGUUUGUGUUUGGAAUACUAAUGCUAAUUUGCCAGCACCUGCUUGCUAAGAUAAGUCUUGUACCAGUGCUCCAACAUCCACUACAACUCAUAAUGAUUGCUAUGCUUACUACAAUACUGCAACAGUAAAAUGUACUGUUGUUGCCACUCCAAGCAAUAGUGGUGGUAAUCCAACUUUAGGAGGAUGUUAACAGACUGCUGCUUGUUCAAGUUAUAUUGAUAAAGAAUAAUGUUAAAUCAACGCCAAUGGUGAUCCAUGUGGAUGGAAUGGAACAUAAUGUGCUGACAAAUCUUGUGCUACUGCUCCUGCAACUGCAGAUUAUGAUGAUGAUACUAAAUGUAGAGCUUACAUUACUAAUAAAUGUACAGUCUCAGAUUCUGGAUAAGGAUGUGUAGAAAUUCCUGCAACAUGUGAAACUAUGACAUAGAAGUAAUGUUACUAUAAUAAGGCUGGAGAUCCUUGCUAUUGGACAGGAACAGCUUGUAUUACAAAAUCAUGUGACAAUGCUCCUGAUGCAACUGCUACUGCUGAUGAAUGUAAUACCUAUUUAGCUGGAUGUACUUUAGAUAAUGUUAAAUGUAAAACUAAAGUUUGUGAAGAUUUUGCCUUUGCUACUGAUGCUUUAUGCAAACAAGCUAUCUCUACCUGCACAACAAAUGGAACAAAUUGUGUUACAAGAGGAACAUGCUUCUAAGCCUUAAGUCAAGCUGGAUGUGUCACAUCCUCGACAAAUUAAUAAUGUGAAUGGAUACCAGCUGUUUUAAAUGCUGCAAAUGUAAUCACUUCACCUGCUUAUUGUACAAUUAAAAAUUGUAGCACUGCUCCAAUUACUUUAACAAGUGAAGCUGCUUGCGCUGGAUAUUUUACAAAUUGUACAACAAAGAAUGGUGGAGGAUGCGUUACUAAAUCAACUUGCUCAGCUGUCACUAUUGAUGUAGCUUGCACAACUGCUUUGAAUGGUACUGUAUGUGCUUGGGAUAGUGCAUAAAAUAAAUGCAGAGAUAAAGAUUGCUAAGAUUUCAGUGGAACUACUCAUGCUGCAUGCUAGGCUUAAAGAGCUGGAUGUACAGCUGGAGCUAGUGGAAAAUGUGCUAGAGUAUAAAAUUGUGAACAAACUUCAGUAAGAGCAGCUUGCAUAGAAGGAACAAAUGGACCAUGCUUGUGGAUUGAUAAAUAUCUAAAUACUGAUGGAACUAAAGGGGCUUGUUUCAGAUAUACAUCAUGCAAGAGUUUAACUUGGAAUAAUGAUAGUUCAUGCAAAUGGAUAAGUAAUAAAUGCACAACUAAUGGUUCAAAUUGUGUCGGAAUUACUUUAUGUUCAGAAACUAACACUGACGGAGGUUGUGUCACUGGAUAUGACGGAGCUUGUAUUCAAUCAGUACCAGCCUUGAAUUCUUCAGAUCCAAAAGUAUGUAAACCUUACACCUCAUGUGCUGAUGCUUUCUACACAACUCAUUCAGAUUGUUAAAUUGCUAGUAGUAAGUGCACAACUAAUGGAACAACCGGUUGCAUUGCUUUAGGGUCAUGCUCAUCAUAUACUGCUUAGGCUGGAUGUUACUUCAAUGAUAAGGGAACUCUAUAUACAUCUGGAGCUAUUACAUCCACUGGUAUUUGUACAUGGGAUACUACAUCAAGUAGUUGCAGAGAUUAAUCUUGUGCUGAUUUGACAGGCACAACUCAUGCAACAUGUUCUUCAUAAUUAUCAACCUGCACAUCAGAUGGAACUACUUGUUUACUUAAAGGAGCCUGUACAUCUUACACAACUUAAACUGCUUGCACAACAGCAGUUGGAUCUGAUGGAGCAUGCUACUGGGAAUUAGCAUCUGCUACAAAUAAUAAUACUGCAAAAUGUAGAUUACUUACUUGUGCUGAUAUUCAAAAUGGAACAGCAACUAACGUUUGUUCUGUAGCCUUGUCAACUUGUGUUUCAAAUGGAACUGCAUGCAUUCCAAAAGCCAAUUGCUCAACAUAUACAUCUAAGAUAGCAUGUAAUUCUGGAGGUUUGGAUGGAAUUUGUGUAUUCACUUAAUCAACAGCAACUGGAGCUGCUGCUGGAACUGGAACUUGUGCAUUAAUGACUGCAUGUACCGUUGCUAAUAAUGAUUAAACAGCCUGCUAAGCUGCCAGAGAUAGAUGUUCUUGGACUGCUGCUUCAGGAACUGGAGCAACCGCAGUUGCUAGUAAAUGUGCUACUCAUACUUGUGCUACAAAUUAAGCUACCAACGGAGCUUGUACAAGAUUUUUAAAUUGGGAUAAAAAGACUUAAUAGGUUUGUACUCUAGUAAGCGGAGCCUGCACAGCAACAGAUCCAUCAACAUUGUCUUCAAACGAUUGCUUCUUAGUUUCUGGAUACACAUAUACUUGGAAUGCAUCAACAAGCAAAUGCGGAGUUUGCACAGCAGUUGUAGUUUAACCAAAUACCACAGACAAUAAUACCAACACUACAGAUAAUAACACAACAACAGACUCAGGAUACAUUCUUGGAUUGUCUGUCGUUUUAGGAUAUCUUAUGUUCUGAU